CUUCAAGUAAAACAUACCAAUUAUGUUUACUUUUGGCUUUUAUUAUGAAAAUAUUUGUUUGUGUUUAUUGACUUAAGAAAGUUCGCAGACCUGCUGUGAUUUAACGAAAAUGAUUUUGACAUUAAUUGUUUUUCUACCGAAAUUAAUCCGUGAAUUGUAUUAUUAAUAUCUUUCUUUAAUUUUUCAAGCGUGCUAUAAGGAACAUUAAUUCUCAAGAGAAUUACAAGAUAGUAAUAUGCUAAAUGAUGCUGUUUCGGUAUAAUUUAACUGCCAUCGAACAAUUCGUUUUUAUAGUUACAUGUGUAUUCGUGAGUACUAGGACUGUAAGUUGCACUCACAUAACUGGAUCGUGGAACACCAAAGAUUUUUUUAAAUUUCUGGUUAAAUUUGGCAUUCAGAAAACAAGCCCUCAUAACCCAAAGGAAUCUUUCGGAUACAUUUUUGGUAACAUUACAUCAAAUGUGAAUGUUAGUCAGUUCAUUACAUUUGCCGUGUUGGAUAGGGAGUAUUUUCUAGAGUAUUAUGGCAACCGAUCCCUACAUGAUAAAGAAUUAGCCUGUGAGAAAAUGUUCAAUAAGAUAAGCACAAUAGCAUUCGAUUAUGACUGUUUCAAUCAAGGAGAGGAUUUUCUUAGGAAGGUUCCUUGUCCUAAAGAUGAGUUAUGUCCUGAAGAGAACCCUCCCUGGAAUGUGAUAAAAGGACAUCAGUUUACGUUUGCAAUAGAGGAUCUUAAGCAGCCAAGGUUCUGGUAUGUCAGCCUAGUGGCCUGCUACCGCAACCAAGAGACCUGCCGCUGGCACCAUUUCCAGGACGAGAUUGAGCUGUCAUACGACAUCUGGCUGGUGAACGGCAACCCCAACCAGAGCACCCACAAUCCACUCGGCUACCAGUUUUCCUUCGACAGACAGGACACCCUAGAGCUGUACCUGGUGUUCUUCGUUUGCUACGUGGUGCUGCUGCCCCUUCAGCUGUACGCCGUCACACGCCAGCAACACCCUGUCACGCGCCUCUUCACCGCCAGCCUCUUGCUCGAGUUUCUGGCCCUUUCCUUCAUCCUCAUCCACGUGGUGACUUUCGCGCUGGAUGGGGUGGGCCUGUACCAAAUGGAGGUGGCAGGUGACAUCUUCGACAUUCUGUCUAGGACGACCUUCAUGCUGCUACUGCUGCUCCUGGCGAAGGGCUGGGCCGUCACGCGGCUAGAGCUGACCUACAAGCCCCUCGUCUUCCUCACCUGGAUCCUGUACGGGGUCGUGCAAGUGCUGCUGUACGUCUGGAACAUGACGGAAGUGGACAUCAUUGACGACAUUGACGAGUACCAGACGUGGCCGGGCUGGCUGGUGAUGGUUUUUCGCACCCUCAUCAUGGUGUGGUUCCUGUUUGAACUGCGCAACACCAUGCUGUACGAGCACAACUCCCAGAAACUGAACUUCUUCCUGCACUUCGGGGCGUCAGCGCUGGUGUGGUUCAUCUACCUGCCUGUCGUGGCCCUCAUCGCCCUGCAGGUCUCCACCCUCUGGAGGUUCAAGCUGCUCCUGGGAAUCACGUACUCGGCCGACUGCCUAGCGUACUGCAUCAUGACACAUCUGCUGUGGCCAGCACGCAGCGAACAGUACUUCCUGCUGGCCGAGGACGCGGACCUCGGCGACGAGCUGGACGAGUUCAACGAGGCCCCACACAUCAUCAACAACUACACCCGCCUGGCCGAGCCGCCCGACCUCACCAAGGUCAUCACGUGAGUGACCACCGCGUGCUGGAACAAGCCCCUGCCUUGGCCCAGCGAGCCAUUCUCCCUGUCCCUCUCUUAUUGUGUUUGCUAGCUGCAGCUGUAUUGCUCGUUUCGUCAAUGUGAUAAAGUAUAUUUUUGUAUUUUUUUGCAAAAAGAUUUUGUACCCUUUAACCAUGCGAUGUCUAGCUAUGAACUGCUGAUAGAAUUGUUUAAAUGGUUAUUUGUUGUCAUCAAGUAAAUUAAAACUGACAAAUUUAAUUUUCCUUUUCUUUUUUUGAUAUUUUAGCUGUUAUUUCCACCAUUUUAAUAAUUUCAUUACAUAUCUUACAAGGGUCGCACUGACACAUGGUGCGGUUGUAAUGGAACUUUGCACAGUGUUUUUGUUGGUUGGAGCUAGUAUGCCACCGAACCAUUUGCAGAUGUACCAACUGUCCUUAAAUAUCACUAACUCCUCCUCGUCCGUGUACUGCAGGUGUUUAAAAGUGCGACAGUUCCUACACCAGUUUCCCUUACCCUGCCUGUCCAUUACAACCAGCCUCGAAACAUUUGAAAAAUUUGGGUGCAGGUGAUUUUUGUUAUCCGUACUGUUUACACGGUUCUAGGCGCAUACAUGUCUGACCUUGAGACCGGCACAUGUCUUGCACAUUUCGCACAGCACGUGUUAUUAAAGUAAAGAAAAGUUCCAACUUGUUUAUGUUCAGCUCAUUGUUAGGUUCCUAAAGUUUUGACAUUUUAAUGGUAUGUGAAACAGAACCUUUUGCACUUGCAGCUUGGAGCAUGUGCUCCUUGCAGCUGGAUUCCUGGGAGGGUCAUGUGCACAUGGUGUUCCAUUACUGAGUCCUGUUGCUCAUGCUUGCUUGUUGUUCGUCUGGCCUCCUCGUUCCGUGGCACACUGCACAUCACACACACACACACACAGAUUCCUGUGUCUUGCCCUGUGCUCUUUGAUGAAUUAUAAUCUCGUGGAGGUUGUACGUUAUUAUUAUGCCCCAUGUUCAGGGGGUCAUGUCAUGUUAGGAGGGAAGGUCGUUGUAGAUAUUACUAAUUAAUAACAUCUUCUGUCAAUUACCUAGGACCACAGUUCUCAAAUGCUAGGGUUUUCGGGAAAAUUAUGUUUAAUUUUCACUAAGAUUUGCAGUUUAGCAGUAUAAUCCAUUUUUAUAACAUGGCAACACCAUUAUCUCCUUGUGUAUGGUCUAUGGAGUCUAUGGCAUAAACUCUAUGCUUCAUUUGCCACUCGUUGCCCAUUUGUGUAGUUAAGCAUCAUGUGUUUCAAGUGGUACUGGAUUUUUGUCAUCACAAAAAAAUUCAGUUAAUUUUAUGUUAAAUUUAUAUUCUUUUCUGUUAAAAAGUUUGAUUAUUAAGUAACUUUAAUGUACUAAUGUUUAAUGUAUGGCAUGAGAUUGCAUAUCUGCUUAUAUUUUCAUCACAGUUACAUAAAAACAAAAAUGUUUACAUGAGAAGUUAGUUUAAAAGUUACGAGGUAGAAAAAUUUUGCUAGCAUCACAUGUACUAACUCAGCAAAUGUAAUCAAAAUCGGCCAUUUAACCAUGUAGCGUUUUUGGAGGGGCCUGCAAUGGAAUGAAAACUUUUAUUUAUUUGAGUCCCUACUUUUGUUGCAGAAUUGUGGACAAUUGGCUAAAAACAGGGUCUUUAAAAUAAAAGGUGAACUCAAUAAAGUUUCUGAAGUGACUGAUUUAAUGACAACAAUCAUCAUCAGAGGAGGCGAAACAUCCCAGCAAACACUUGUGAGCCUAAGCCAUCCAAGUUGGUCUGCCUCAGGUGACGAAAAGGGAACUCACUGCCAAAACGAAAUCAGAGGAAAAAUAAGAAAA